GAUCGGGGUAGCUCGGGGCUAGCCUGGUGUGGUCCGGGGUCCUUGGGCUCCGCGGGACGCUCGGGACGGGGCGGGGCGCCCUCUGGCUCCCGAGGCUCCGCCCGCCCCGCCGCUCCCUUGCCCCCGGAGCGCGCCGCCUGGGGCGCGACUGUCGGUGCCCUGCGCUCUGCCUGCGCGGACCCAGCUGCGCUCCCGGCUGUCUCGGCGCCCCGGACCCGGUCAUUAACAAGUAGGUUGUUCUGAAAAUAAAGACCUCAGAGGGACGCGCUCCGGUGGUGUCAAGUCUGAAGGCAGAGCUGGUUGCACUUUUCUCUUAGAAAGUUCAGUCUCUGGCUGUGAAACCCUGCCACUCAGGAUGAUCCUGUCGAAUGCCACGGCCGUGACGCCCUUUCUGACCAAGCUGUGGCAGGGGACAGUACAACAGGGCAGCAACACGUCUGGCCUGGCCCGCAGGUCCCCAGGCCAUGAUGACGGCAAGCUGGCGGCUCUCUACAUUCUCAUGGUGCUGGGCUUUUUUGGUUUCUUCACCCUGGGCAUCAUGCUCAGUUACAUCCGCUCCAAGAAGCUGGAGCACUCCCACGACCCUUACAACGUGUACAUCCAGUCUGACAGCUGGCAGGAGAAGGACAAGGCUUACUUUCAGGCCCGGGUUCUGGAGAACUGCAGGGCGUGUUAUGUCAUUGAAAACCAGCUGGCCGUGGAACGACCCAGUGUCUACCUUCCGGAGAUGAAGCGUUUGUCAUAACCCCGUGGCCGGUUAAAACUGGACAAAGCCUCCUUGACGAUCUGCUUUUUCUUAUCCUUAUAGUCUUUAUUGUACGGAUAUAACCGUUUUCGGCUUUUUUUUUUUUUUUUUCUAUUGGGAGGGGUGGAUUAUUAACACGCUGUUUCUAAGAUCACAUUCCUUCUGUAAUAGACUGGCCAUUGCUCCCCAG